AUGUGCUGGAUAAUAGAUCUAGUUAAUAGAUCUAAACUAUAGACAUCUAUUCUUCUAGAUCUAGAGUCUAGACUUAGACUAGAUCUAUAAUAUAUCCACAGAUCAUUCGCAAAUCUGAUUUGACUUUCAAUAAAAAAUGCCAGCUACUCAAACUCGCCGUCGCAAGUUAAAGACAGAAAAUCCAGAAAAGUACGCAGAACUGUUGGCAAAAGAAAGAGCGGCUGCAAAGAAGUACUUACUAAAGAAAAAAAAACAGUGGGAAGAAGGUAACCAUACGCAGGCUGAAAUAGAUGAAUACAAUACAAAGAAAGAAGAAAAAAGGCGGUAUGCAAGGGACUAUUAUUGGAAAAUAAAGUCUGGUCAAACAAGGAAAAGUGCAGUUGCCGAUUCAACCACUCCAAAAAAGAGACCCAAAGAUAUGUCACCCAAUGAGUUAAGGAAAUAUCAAUCAAGCCAGAGAAGAGCUCAGCGAGCAGCUUUGAGCCAUCAAAAAAAAACUGCUAUAAGGCUUAAAGACAGAGAAAGGAAAAAUAAAAAGCGUGAAGAAGCAAUGUUGGCUAGAAUUAGUAGAAGUUCUGCUAGAUCAUCAGAUAGAGUUGGACAUCUUAAAAAAUCAGCUGACAAUCUUAAUAAUGAUGAAUAUAAACCAAAAACCAAGAGAUUAGCACCUAAAUAUACCAAGAAAGCCCUUAAUCUACACAAUUCUAGAACUCCAGAGAAAAAACAUCCUUGCCAAUCCUUUUUCAGUACUAAGGAAUCAGACAAUAUGGACAUAAAAGAGGAACUUGGCAUUCAAUUGCAAGAUUUCUUUUUAGAAGAUUCUUAUCAACAAGAAGACAUUUCUAAACCUGUUAACAAUAUGGAGAAGGAGUCAGAUAAUCUGGACAUAAAAGAGGAGCUAGACAUUGAACUGCAAGAUUUCCUUUUGAAAGAACCUGGACAAGAAGAAGAAAUGUCUAAACCUGUUUCCGAUAUGGUGCAGGCAUCAGACAAUGUGGACAUAAAAGAAGAGGAGCUAGGCAUUCGACUGCAAGAUUCCAUUUUGAAAGAACUUGAUCAAGAAGAAGAAAUGUCUAAACCUGUUCACAGUAUAAUGCAGAAGCUGCAGGCUAGUUUAGAUGCUAUACAAGACGAAGCAGAUAAAGCUAAAGAGUUCAGGAAGCGGGCCAACAAGGAUGUUGAGAUGUUGAUCACACAGUUAGCAGAGUUUAAGAAAGGUCAGUUGGUCAGCAGUAAAGAGGAGAGGGAAGUUUUGCUCAGACAUAUAGACACCCUCAAAGCAGAGUUAAAAGUGAAAGAUGGAAGUUUUGAUGUAUUGAAAACUAAAUUGAGAGCAUCAAAGGCAGAGCUGUGUGUUGUGAGACUACAACUGGAAGAAAUCCAUAAAGAGAAACAAUUGUUGGAGCACAAGAUGGCUGAAGCUGAAGCCAAAUGGAAGUCAUCUGAAGAAGACUACAAGUCACAGAUAACUAAAUUGGAAGUAAGCAUGAAAGAUCUACAGGAACAGCUCAUGUCUGCUAGACAGGUUGGAAUAACUUCAGAAAGACAAAAACAAUUCAGUAAAUGAACUAAUGGAGAAAAUGACAAGUCUAGAAGAUCAGAAAACAUUUCUGUCACAGAAACAUAAGGUUGAAAGGGACCUGAGCAUGCUACUCUAAGAGUGCAGUAUAAGUACUUCAUAAACAGAUGGAGGUUUCUGAAAUGGACAACAUUCACAUGCAGGGGGAGAUACAGAGCAUCUAACAUAGCCUCAAUAGUAAUGAAAGUAUGUGGGAAACCACUCCUCAACCCACAACAUUCAUCCUAUCACUCACUCUGCAUCCUGGUGAGGAGAGACAGUAUGGGGAGGUCAUAGAGGUCAACGAGGUGCCCAGUGGACAGGAUGGGAGGCAUAUCUGGUGUCUGAACUGAUGUAUGGGAACCCUAUGGACAAGACAGUGUACAUACAUGUCAAAUCUAUUUUGUUAUUUAUUCCCUUUAUUUUAUGUUGAAGAAACUUGACAAUGUAAUCAACCUGUGUACAAUCCUAACACUGUAUAUAGAUUGAUAGGCUUUAGUUGUAGAUAAAUGUAAAAUUGUUUACUACUUUUACAAGUUAUGACCUGUGGCUUUCAUAACAUUUGGUUAAUAUAUAAUGAUCUAAACUGUACAUAAAAUAAAUUCCAGUUCAUAUCAAAUGAUAUGUUUUUGUCAUGUUAACCAAAUUUGAUUUGAAUUUUAGAGCAUUCAUAUAGCUUGUAUACAUUUUGAAAAUUACAAAAUUAUUAAUUGAGAGAUGUUAUUUCUAAUCAUAUCAGAAUGGUAGAAACUGUUCAUUAGUACAAACUUACAUAAUGUAAAACAAUUAAUGGUCAUUAAGGAAAGGAAAGUACCUCUCAGAUCUUGCAAUCUAUGGUAUUAGAUGAUGUAAAAGUCAUCUGUUUCAACGGUGGAUGGUUAACAAGGGUGUCAUGUUGCCACUACAAUCGCAUCCUGAAAUUCUAUUGUUUGAAAUUCCUAGUCUCAGAGUACUGUCCAAUUCUCUUCUGCGCUGAAUUUGACUUUUUGACACUACUUUUUUUUUAAGACCAAAGCCUAUAUCAGAUUUAUUUUCACAAGUUGUUACUCUGUAUUUCGUUCAUUGUAAAUCCAAUAAUAGCAUAAUUAAGACUAUUAUUAUUAUUGGUAGUGUUGAGUGUGAUGGUGCGGUGGCUGAGUGUUUAAGAGCUCGGCUUCCGAACCUGGGGUCCUGGGGUCGAAUCUCUGUGAAGACUGGGAUUUUCAAUUUUGGAAUUUUUAGGGCACCCCUGAGUCCACCCAACUCUAAUGGGUACCUGACUUUAAUUGGGGAAAAUAAAGGUGGUUGGUCAUUGUGCUGGUCACAUAACACCCUACUUGUUAACCGUUGGCCAUAGAAACAGAUGACCUUAACAUCAUCUGCCCCAUAGAUUGCAAGAUCUGAAAGGGGAACUUUACUAUAGUGUCGAGUUUGAAAGCUAGAUGUGGAUGUAAAGUUUUUUUUUGUAUAUCAACUCAACAUGUUAUUGUUGAACCUUCCUGACUUGAAUUUAUUCUUUGUGCCUCACAGCUGAUUUAAAAUUGACUUGUGGAUUUCAUUUGAACAUUUCAAUUAUUACUGUGCAUGUCAUUUCAACAGACUGACUUUGACAUACUGGUACACUUAUUUACUGACAUUAAAAAAAAACACAUUUAUUUAACUUCAAAUUAAAGCUUUCACCUAAAAACUAAAUGGUAUUGAACACCAUUUUGCCAACUACAAAGGAAUAGGGCUAUAAUUUUAAUCUAAAUGUAUGACUAGGAGAGAAUGUUUGCGUCAAAUCUCCUUUAUUACUGCUUGUUAGUUGCCUAUUUAUUUUUAAAUAGUCAUAGAGUCAAAGUUUGUUUCCUCAAUAUUGAAACUAUUUUGUGUCUACCAACAGAAGCUCUUAGAAAAUUGGAUUCUGCAGUGCUAAAAAAGGUGCACACACACAAAAGAAAACUCAACAUCUAUGCUUCCUUUAUUUAGUAG